CGAAAACAAGAGGACACUACGAGAAUUCAAGCUCUCCUUCCCUCUCGUCUCAAGUUCCUCCUCUCAUAGAUUCGGUAUGGGGUGUUACGGUAUUUUAGGUCGAAAAGCUUAGUAGCCGCUGGGGUUCAGUGGGUCGGGCCGGCGAGCAUCCCCAACGCAUGUUCGACUUGUACGUCCAUCACCUUCUUGAUCUAAUUGACUGGCAAGUUCUACGUCGCAUCUCAUCGACAUAAAUUUGCUGACUUCUCGUAGACAAUGGAAUUUAUCACCUCUUUCCCCAACUGGCACCCUUGUAAAGGCUGCGCCUGUGCAAACCACGCCAUCCCUUCCUACAGAUUUCCCGUCACAGAUGCAGAUAGUCCCAUCGCUGAUCAUCCAGAUCUUGGGAAACUUACACGCUCCAACGAAAUACCCAACCCGUCUGAAGAGAAGACUCUUCAGGAGAUGAUAUCUGAUUCUGGAAAACGCAUCGAUGAGGUGGAUACCCAGGUGCUGGAGUUGAAGGCGCUUAGACAGGCUUUCGCACAAUCGAUCGCGCGCAUCGACGAAGAGCUGGUUUCGCUGGAUAAAGAACGGCAACGUCUCUCUAUCAGCAUACGAGAGCGGCAGCGUCUUCUUGGCGCCUUGCGUCGUAUGCCUCAAGAAGUCCUCGCUCGCAUCUUCCUUCACACCAUUGUCUUUCCUUUCCCUCGGGUGCCGCCCUCAAGGAACUCGUUAUUCUGUUUCGAUUGGUCAGCGUUUUCUGUCAGCAAGAAUCCUCUUUUAUCACUUGAGCUAGUAUCUCGCCGCUGGAAAAACAUUCUUGAUGCAUUCCCUAACCUCUGGUCUUAUGUUAAUAUCCUUCUCGACCGAAUGCAUUCGGGUAGUUACGUCCGGCACAUAGGACACCAGCUCUCUCGCUCUUGCCAGUCCCCAUUAUCGAUUUCAAUAUCACACGAUCUGAGUGGCACACACAGCAAGAUGGAAACCUUUCCUGUUGCUGUCCUAAUGGCCCUCUUCCCAUUCAGCCCUAGGGUACAAACCCUCCAUCUUUCCCUCCCUGGCAGACAUUUUGCCUCCAUGCAGCAGCUUCAUCUAUUCUUCCCCUCCUUACAAAAAAUUGUUCUUCUUUCAUCGUCCAAUACUUCCGAGGUUGCUCAGUACCUCGAUUUCGGUCCACUGCCGCAUUUGCGGGUCUUCGAGGCCACGGAUGUUAGUAAUAUCGACGCGCUUUCCCUCCCUUGGCACCAAAUCACUCAUUUUACCAACGUGCACACGCAAGUAGGACACGGACUAUCCGCUCAUCGUGUUCUGGAUGUCUUAAAAAUGAUGUCCCGACUAUCCAUCUGUCGUCUCUCCCUUGACCUGGAAUCUUUGACAACUGAGGUUGUGGAGGAGACGACUCUCGGCCAGCUACAGUCACUCACAAUUGAUUCUGUGUACUGCGAAGGCUUCGGUUUCCCAUCUGUGAUCCCCUUUGUGCUCAACUCCCUCACACUUCCUGCCCUGUUGGACCUCUCAGUAACUUGCUUCGUCGGCUCCACCUUGCGGGACCAGAGCGCAACAUUUACUUCUAUCCGCCAACUCAUUGAACGCUCCCAUAGUCCACUUACAUCUCUCUAUUUCAGCAAUGGAGAAAUCAUAAAGGAUGAUUUCAUUCAUAUUCUUUCGAACACACCCACCCUUCAGGACCUGAGACUAAUGAACAUGGGCGGAGGGAUCACAGACGAAGUUCUUAAUGAUCUCGCUCGUAGAGUCGACGCCGAGUCUGACUCUAUGGUCCCGGUUCUCAUCCCCCACCUGCACACGCUACACCUCAGUGGCUAUCUUGCCUUUCAAAUGGAAGUCUAUGUGCAGAUGGUUGAAUCUCGGUGGACAUGUCAUCCGUGCCACCUCAAGUCGGUGAAUAUUUGCCGAUUUGUGAAUAGGCGGAACUUGAACCGUAGGGAGGAGGAUGCAAAAAUACUAGCUCUUUCCAGGCUUGAUGCACUACGGCCAGAGGGAUUGGAAGUGGCCAUGAGUACGCAAAGGGUGUGCCUGUAGCAAAAAUCUCGGAAUAUGAGACGAUCUUAGGUAUAUUGUUUGUGAAUAUCUAUAUUGUGCUUUUAUAUUGGUAGGAUGGAUUUGGCUACGAGAAUUUUAUGAAAUGGGAUCAGAAAGAGAUACACAUCCAGCAGAACACGGAGGUGAAAAGGAAUCGUGGAAAAAAGGGAAUUGAUGACGAUGAUGUCAGCAUGCUUUUUUUUAACCCUCGAGGACUCUUUACGAAGCUAAUAUCCAUACGCAUUGUUGCAGCUGCUUUAUAUUGCCCACCUAACGAAUUUACAACCAAGUACAGUACUGCACGAUGGAUUAUUCAUUAUUGCGUUUAUUCAGGUCCUGUUCUAACAUAAGAUAUACUUGCCACGAACGUAUACCCUAACAGCGGACUCUUCACGCAAAGUAAAUCU